GCACCCCGGAAGCGGCCGGAGAGGCGGAGCGGCCGCGCCCGGCACGGCCCGGCCCGGGCGGCCCCCGCGGCGUGGCCGUGCCAUGCGGCGCUGAUGGAGCCCAACGCCUUCCCGCAGCUGCAGCUCUGGUGCCCGCGGCCCUUCGGCACCUUCUCGCAGAACAAGCCAUGCGCCCCCGCCGCCGCCGCCGCCGCCGCCGCGCCGCCCCGCAAGCCCCUGGGCUGCCGCCCCUCCGAGAACACCCCACCCGAGCCCCCCGAGCCCGCCCCGGCGCCGGCGGCGGCCGCCGAGGACGGGCGGGUGCUGCUGGACACGUGGUACGUCAUCAAGCCGGGCAACACCAAGGAGAAGGUGGCCUUCUUCGUGGCCCACCAGUGCGGCACCGGCGGCGCCGGCGGCCGCGCCAGCACCAUGAAGGUCAAGGGCAACUGGGGCAGCGAUAGCUCCAAGGCCAAGCGGCGCCGGCGCUGCCACGACCCCGCCAAGGCCGCGCCGGGCUGGGCCGCCGGCUCCGGCGACGCCCCCAAGGACCCUCCUCGGGACGCCCCCGAGGACGCCGCCGGCGACGGCGUCGGGGACAGCGCCGGCGACGGCGCGGACCUGCUGUCGGUGGCCGAGAUGGUGGCGCUGGUGGAGCGGCGGGCGGCGCUGGCCCUGCAGAGCCUGCCCCGGCCCUGCGACGCGCCGGCCCCGCUGGUGCUGCUGGAGGCGCCGGGCGGCCCCGAGUGCCGGCGCGUGGCCGCGGCCGUGGCCCAGUUCGAGUCGCAGCAGCAGCAGCAGCACCGGGAGCGCGGCGGGGCCCGGCCCAACGGGCUGUGCCGCGGCGGCGGCGGCGGCGGCGAGUGCGGCCCCGGCGCGGCGGCGGGGCCCGGCGAGGUGCGGAUCGCCUUCCGCAUCUCCAGCGGGCGCGGCGAGCCCCGCGGGGCCGCCGCCGGCGCCGUCCCCGAGCGUCCCCGCGCGCUGGGCGCCAAGGACCAGAUCACCUGCGACCUGUACCGGCUGGUCAGCCCGGCGCGGGCCGGCGUGGAGCUGCUGCUGGCCGCCAAGGGGGACAAGGAGGGCGCCGACGAGGCGGCGGCCGCGGAGCCGAGCGCCGGCGCGGCCGAGGGCGCGGCGUCGGCGGCGCGGGACUGCGCGUCCGGCUUCCACGUGGACGUGGUGGUGACGGGCGUGGUGGACCAAUGCGUGUUCUUCGGCAAGGACAGCGCCAAGCAGGUGACGGAGGAGACGGUGCGGCUGCCGGACGAGCCGCCGCCGCCCGGCCAGCUGUUCCUGCUGCCCGGCCGGCCCGAGGAGCCGGCGGCGGCCGCGGCGGCGCCGGGCCGGGAGGCGCCCGGGGACCCGGCGCUGUGCCGGCUGUACCGGCACGUGUCGCACGACUUCCUGGAGAUCCGCUUCAAGAUCCAGCGCCUGCUGGAGCCGCGGCAGUACAUGCUGCUGCUGCCCGAGCACGUCAUGGUGAAGAUCUUCAGCUACCUGCCCACGCAGGCGCUGGCCGCCCUCAAGUGCUCGUGCCACUACUUCAAGUCCAUCAUCGAGACCUUCGGCGUGCAGGCCACGGAUUCCCGGUGGAACCGCGACCCGCUGUACCGCGACGACCCCUGCAAGCAGUGCAAGAAGCGCUACGAGCGCGGGGACGUGUCGCUGUGCCGCUGGCACCCCAAGCCCUACCACCACGACCUGCCCUACGGCCGCUCCUACUGGAUGUGCUGCCGCCGGCCGGACCGGGAGGCGCCGGGCUGCCGGACGGGGCUGCACGACAACAACUGGGUGCACCCGGCCGGCCGCAGGGAGGACGGCAGGUGAAGGACGGACGGACGGACGGACGGACGGACGGCUCGGGCACGGGAAGGGCCGCGGAAGGAUUGCUGGGGGCGGGUGGGGGGGAAAAAAAGA